AUGGACGAGAAGCACGCAAAAAUUAACGCUAAAAACACGAAUCCAUUCGAUAAAUUCUCAAAAAGUAAAAAAAAAUUUGUCGUUACGACUAUCGAGGAGAAUAAAGCGCAACAACAGGGUAACCGAGCAACAGCAUCGCAACAACAACAUUUCAACAAAAAGAUAACAGACGCAGAAAAUUUACAGCAACAACAACAACAACAACAGCAGCAACAGGUACACCCUCAACAACAUAUACAACCGCUACAACAACAACAACAUCAUCAACAACAACAAAGCAAACACAACAUAAGUAGUAGCGCUAGUGACGACAGCGGCAAAUACAGCCUAAGUAGUUACGAUGACGACGACGAAACUGUCAAUUACAAGUCUUGCAACAGUGUUGUUGAUGCUGUUGCUAACAUUGUCGAUCCCAACAACAACAACAUCCCACAACAGCCACAUCAUCAACAACAACAUCAACAGCAACAACAAAUUCCGUACUUAAAUUUACCAAAACUCCCCUCAGCAAACAACCUCCGACAACAACUCAGCAACAAAAAUAACUCAAUGAACAUCAGCAACGACAACGACAAAAUUAAUAGCUUUCACGUCACACAUUUCAGCAGCAACGACAACAACGACAUUAACAUCAUCUACAGCAUCAACAACAACGACAUUUUUUUCAACAGCAUUUUAAACAACAAUAACAAACGUGACAACUUUCAGAACAACAACAACAACAACCGUAGACGAUCAAGUAUAUGCCUCCUGACGUCAUGCACCCAACUACCCACGCCGACUGCUCAGGUCAGAGACAGGUCGGCACCAAGAUUGGGGCACACCCAGAUGCCCCCAAAAACUGGGUUAGGGUUCAAUUUAUUUGAGAUGAAAGAAAACUUAAGAAAGUUCUGCCUGUCUCGUGGUUCUUUGAGGUUGAAUGCUGUCACACCGACUGCCCCUAAGACAUCUACCUUGGUUGAGUUUGUUGCUCAACAAGCCGGCAACAAUGUUGCGACUACGGUUGAAACAUUUUCAACGACAACAUCAACGUUACCAGUGGUUAACAACGAACAACAACAGCAGCAGCAACAACAACAACAUCAAAUAACAGCGUACGACAGCCACACCCAGCAACACAUCCUUCCAGCCACAACUGUUGUCGUUUCACAACCGCAACAACAACAACAAAAACAACCGCAGCAAAUCAAUCAACAGAUCGCCAGUAUAGCAACAAGCAUGGGGAUGAACGUCGCGAAACUGGGCAGACGUCGACAGUCAGACCUAGGCAGCCUAGCCUCGAUGCAAAAGAGAUUGGAAUGUAUGGACUUUGAUUGUUUAAAGGAAAGGUUAGAGCAGCUAACAGGAACGACAUGCAGCAGUAGCAGCACGCAUCAUCAGUCUCACAACAACAACAACAACAUUUCCAACAACAACAACGGAAGUAAGUUGAAGAAAAAUGUUGAGAGUAACUUGCAACAGAGCGUCAACAUCGGUAGACACAAUUCCCUUGCGACGUCUGACGUCCCCGUUGUUAACAUCAACAAUGUUGACAACAAUGUUCGCCAUUCGUCGUCUGUUCACUCCAUUCCUCAACACGUUCUUCAACAAAAUGGCAACAAAAACUCGCCGAAAACUAAUCAAACGCAACUACAACCGCAACCCAAUCCGCAACAGACGCAGUUGACUUCCAACAAUUCUGUGCCCUCUCUUAAAACAUUGCCACAAUCAACAACAACAACACAGCAAAUUACAACAACUCAACAACCAACCCAGCAAACAACAACGACACAACAAUCAUCACAGCAAAUAGCAACAACAACACAAAAAGCACAGCAAACAUUACAACAACAGCUGACAGCUGAAGAAACACCGGUACCACUAACAACAACAGCUGACAACAGCACAACAACAACUACUACGACGUCAUCUUCGAACACUCCACAACAACAACAACAACUAACGACACCGAAGAUUUCAAAAUACAAACAAAUUUUAGACGAUUCAUUGUCUUUGGAGGAAGUACUGGAUAUGAUAAAAGCGGAGAAGUACCUUUAUGACGUCACGACCGAUCAUUUGUUUUGGCGCGAAUUGUAUGAAAAUUUUCAAAAGGGGCUUUUCAAGUUAGCUAGCGAUGAAGAAAUAGAUAAGUCAAUCAGUCAGUCAAAAAACACUGCUGCACCUAACAAUCAGCAGAUAAAAUAG